AGGAGGCGGCCGCCUGUAGGCUCCGGGGCUCUCACACAUUUGCUGUAUUCCGUGUUCCAGGGGCAGCAACGUACGGGGGUCGCCGGCUCCGGUGUCCCAUGUCUUUCCUCCGCACACACGGCUUGUAUGAACGAUAGAGUGUGAGCCUCAGGUAGAAUGCCUCCUGUACAGCUGGAGAGCAGUCAGCUGGUGGUGACUGGGGGUCCCACCACUGCUCCUCAGCCACCUGCCCAGGGCGCUGUGGUGGCCGCAAGCUCCACCAGCCAUGGCUACCGCCUCAGCACCCUCAUCGACUUCUUGCUGCAGAGGACUUACCAGGAGAUCAAUGUGCUGGCCGACCUGCUCCCAAGGAAGACUGACAUGGAAAGGAAAAUUGAAAUUGUACAGUUUGCUAGUCGUACACGUCAGCUCUUCGUUAGGCUCCUAGCUCUGGUGAAAUGGGCAAACAAUGCUGGCAAAGUGGAGAAAUGUGCGAUGAUAUCAAGCUUUCUCGACCAGCAAACCAUCUUGUUUGUUGACACAGCUGACAGACUGGCAUCAUUGGCUAGAGAUGCCCUGGUGCACGCUCGUCUACCUAGCUUUGCAAUUCCUUAUGCAAUUGAUGUUCUUACAACAGGGUCCUAUCCACGACUGCCAACGUGUAUUAGGGAUAAAAUUAUCCCUCCUGAUCCAAUUACCAAAAGUGAAAAACAAUCAACUCUUCACCAACUCAAUCAGAUUCUGAGGCAUCGACUGGUUACUACAGACCUCCCUCCGCAGCUGGCGAAUCUUACAGUUGCCAAUGGAAGGGUGAAGUUUCGUGUAGAAGGAGAAUUUGAAGCUACCCUUACAGUAAUGGGAGAUGAUCCUGAUGUUCCAUGGAGACUUCUCAAACUGGAAAUUCUGGUUGAAGAUAAAGAAACUGGAGAUGGUCGUGCACUAGUUCAUUCCAUGCAAAUAAAUUUCAUUCAUCAGUUAGUUCAAUCCAGGCUCUUUGCGGAUGAGAAACCUCUUCAGGAUAUGUAUACAUGUUUGCAUUCUUUCUGCUUAUCACUCCAGCUGGAAGUCCUCCAUUCACAAGCGCAAAUGCUAAUAAGGGAACGCUGGGGAGAUCUCGUUCAGAUUGAAAGAUACAUUGCAGGAAAAUGCCUCAUUCUGGCUGUCUGGAACCAACAGGUACUGGGAAGAAAAACAGGUACAGCUUCUGUUCACAAGGUCACCAUAAAGAUAGACGAGACCGAUGGCUCAAAACCAUUGCAAAUUUCCCACGAGCCUCCUCUUCCGACCUGUGACUCUAAAUUAAUAGAAAGAGCUAUGCGAAUUGACCAUUUGUCAAUAGAAAAAUUGCUAAUCGACAGUGUACAUGCUCGGUCACAUCAGAAGUUACAGGAGCUAAAAGCGGUUUUAAAGAAUUUCAACCCAAAGGACAACUCAUUUGUGGAAACGGCCCUUCCAACCCUGGUUGUCCCCAUUCUAGAGCCCUGUGGGCGGUCAGAGUGUCUUCACGUGUUCGUAGAUCUUCAUUCAGGAAUGUUUCAGCUCAUGCUUUAUGGAUUUGAUCAAACCUCAUUAGAUGAUAUUGAGAAAGCCAUCAAUGAUGACAUGAAAAAAAUAAUCCCUUGGCUUCAGCAGCUAAAAUUCUGGCUCGGACAGCAGCGUUGUAGGCAUUCGGUAAAGCAUCUACCCACUCUGUGCAGUGAGUCUUUGCAUUUGACAAACUAUGCCAACCAUCCUAUUAGCAAUCUUUCCAAACACAAGCUCUUCAUCAAGCUUACACGUCUUCCACAGUACUACAUAGUAGUGGAGAUGCUUGAGGUUCCUAGCAACCCAACAGAGCUGGAGUACAGCUACCACUUCUUGUCGGUCAGUCACACAGAAGGGGAAGAUAACCCCCCAACUGCUCUUUUGCUACAGCGAUUCAAGACAAAUGUUGACGUUCUGUCUUUUGAUGGAACAUGGCGAAAGCAUGGGAAAGCUGGCUGCAAACGCAAACUUUCUGGUGAUCAGGGUUCCCCAGAAUUAAAGAAGCCAAAGCGGACAGGAGAAAUAUGUGCCUUUAAUAAAGUGCUUUCUCACUUUGUGGCCAUGUGUGACUCAAACAUGCCGUUUAUUGGACUUCGAACAGAAUUGUCCAACAUGGACAUUCCCCAUCAGGGUGUCCAGAUAGAAGGGGAUGGUUUCAGCCAUGCUAUUAGAAUACUAAGAAUUCCUCCUUGUAAAGGAAUUUGUGAGGAAACACAGAAGGCACUAGAACAGUCACUUCUUGAUUGCACUUUCCGUUUGCAAGGCAGGAAUAAUCGCACAUGGGUAGCAGAGCUGGUAUUUGCAAGCUGCCCUCUGACCAAUACUUCUUCUAGGGAGCAAGGUCCAACACGACACGUGUACCUGACGUAUGAAAAUCCGCUUUCUGAACCAGUAGGCGGACGCAAAGUGGUAGAAAUGUUCCUAAAUGACUGGAAUAGCAUUGCAAAAUUAUAUGAGUGUGUAUUAGAAUUUUCACGGUGUUUACAAGACAUACCACCCCACUUAAAUCAUUUCUGUGAAGUCCGAUUAUACAAUUAUCGCAAACUUAUCUUGUGUUACGGGCAAACAAAGGGAAGCUCGAUAAGUAUUCAGUGGAAUUCUGUUCACCAUAAAUUUCAUAUAUCACUUGGGACGACUGGACCUAAUUCAGGUUGCAGUAACUGUCAUAAUAUCAUCCUUCACCAGCUGCAGGAAAUGUUCAACAAAGUACCAAAUGUGGUGCAGUUGUUACAGGUAUUAUUUGAUACUCAAGCUCCUUUAAAUGCCAUCAACAAGCUUCCAACAGUGCCAAUGCUGGGACUCACCCAGCGGAUAAAUACUGCAUACCAGUGCUUUUCUAUACUUCCCCAAUCUCCUACCCACAUUCGAUUGGCCUUCAGAAACAUGUAUUGUAUAGACAUCUACUGCAGAAGCAGGGGAGUAGUGGCAAUACGUGACGGCGCCUACAGUCUCUUUGACAACAGCAAAAUUGUUGAAGGUUUUUAUCCUGCACCAGGACUGAAGACUUUCUUAAACAUGUUUGUGGACAGCAAUCAGGAUGCAAGGCGACGAUCGGUCAAUGAAGAUGACAAUCCACCAUCACCUAUUGGGGGUGAUAUGAUGGACUCUUUAAUAUCCCAGUUUCAGCCUCAGGCACAGCAGUUUGCGAAGCAGUCUGGGACAUCAGGCGCUUAUCCUCUCACUUCUCCACCGUCUUCAUACCAUAACACUGUUACGCCUUCCCCAGUAAUGAUGCAUUCUCAGUCACCAGGAAACCUGCAAAGUUCUCCUAGUGGAGCACUUAGAGCACCUUCUCCUGCAUCGUUUGGUCCCACACAGUCUCCUUCCUCCCUUGGAAUUACAAUGGUUCCAACACCUAAUUUUGCAAGUCCUCAUGGUACAUUAGACCCUAGUUCUCCGUACACCAUGAUGUCACCCAGCCAGCGUGCAGGGAAUUGGCCAGGGUCUCCUCAAGUGCCUGGUCCUUCUCCAGCAGCUCGCAUGCCUGGAAUGUCACCAGCAAAUCCAUCUCUGCACUCUCCUGUCCCUGAUGUGUCUCACUCCCCUCGAGCUGGAACAAGCUCGCAGUCUCUGCCAACCAAUAUGCCUCCACCUCGUAAGCUACCUCAGCGUCCUUGGGCUGCAUCCAUCCCUACAAUCCUCACUCACAGUGCCUUGCACGUACUUCUACUACCAUCUCCGACCCCGGGGUUAUCAUCAGCGCUGACGGGAAGCUACCUGUGUUCUCCUCUUGAGAGGUUUCUCGGCUCUGUAAACAUGAGGCGGCAUCUUCAAAGGAUAAUCCAGCAGGAGACUUUGCAACUCAUAAACUCCAAUGAGCCCGGAGUCAUUAUGUUCAAGACAGAUGUUCUGAAGUGUCGAGUGGCUCUUAACCCCACCACGAACCAGACUUUGCAGCUGAAAGUGACACCUGAAAAUGCUGUGCAGUGGAAGUCAGAAGAACUGCAGGUCCUUGAAAAAUUCUUUGAGACCAGGGUUGCGGGUCCACCAUUUAAAGCAAACACGCUAAUUGCUUUUACAAAGUUAUUAGGAGCACCAGCACACAUACUCAGAGACUGUGUACACAUAAUGAAGCUUGAGCUGUUUCCAGAUCAAGCCACACAGCUGAAGUGGAAUGUGCAGUUCUGUUUGACCAUCCCUCCAAGUGCUCCACCAAUUGCUCCUCCAGGGACUCCGGCAGUUGUCCUGAAAUCUAAAAUGCUCUUCUUUCUUCAGUUAACUCAAAAGACGCCUGUUCCACCAGAUCCAGUUAGUAUUAUUGUUCCAAUCAUCUAUGACAUGGCGUCAGGAACAACUCAGCAAGCUGACAUCCCUCGUCAGCAGAACUCCUCAGUGACAGCUCCUCUGAUGGUCAGCAACAUUCUGAAGAGGUUUGCGGAGAUGAAUCAACCACGUCCAGGGGAAUGUACGAUAUUUGCUGCAGUGCGUGAUCUUAUGGCUAACCUUACACUGCCACCUGGUGGACGACCUUGAACACUAUUUACAAGUCGCAUGGAUUAAUAUUAUUUUUUUUUAAUAUAUAUUUUUUUUCUUUUUUUUUUUUUUUUUUUUUGUUCAGAUGAAAAUAUGGAUUGGACAAGGGACAAUUUACCAUUUGAUAUUUUUGUCUGUAUGAACAUUGACACAAAAGCUGGCAGAUAUUUUUCAAAGAUGCACUUGACCAGAAAUUAUAUAUAAUUGAUCAAAAAAUAGUAACUUUUUUGUAUAUUGCUGUUGUAUAGUGUGUUUUACUAUAACUCAUUGCAAGUUAUGAUGAAAGCUGAAUUUCCACCUUCCUGGAACACGUUUAAUAUUCUGUUUUAUACCGAAAGAAAAAUGAAAAUGCCAAACUUUUUUUUUUUUUCUGUAAAUGUUUUUUUUUUUUUUUUUUUGGUGUAACAGAUUUUUUUUAAAGAAUGAUUUGUCAUUUUGAAUACUGUAAAACUGUGACAGACUUUAUAAUGAAACCGUAUUUUAAUAUGACUGCUUAAUAUCCUAAUACAGAAGCAUCUGGACGUGUUAAGAA